GUUUGGGGGAUCUGGGCACACCGCUCCGUGCCACUCGGGGCCGCCAGCUUCACCUACCCCCAAAAUGGCCUUGUCUCCGGCCGUCCUGACUCAGGAGCAGAACCUUCCCUCGGCGAGAAAGAGAGGAGGCCGUGACCAGUGAGCCAGCUCCAUGUAUCCAGAGUCGACCACAGGCUCCCCAGCGCGGCUCUCCCUGCGGCAGACGGGCUCCCCCGGCAUGAUCUACAGUACCCGCUAUGGGAGUCCCAAAAGGCAGCUGCAGUUUUACAGGAACCUGGGCAAGUCGGGCCUGCGGGUCUCCUGCCUGGGGCUCGGAACAUGGGUGACCUUCGGAGGCCAGAUCACGGAUGAGAUGGCAGAGCAGCUAAUGACCUUGGCCUACGACAAUGGCAUCAACCUCUUCGAUACGGCAGAAGUCUACGCAGCCGGCAAGGCCGAGGUGGUGUUAGGAAACAUCAUCAAGAAGAAGGGCUGGAGACGAUCCAGCCUUGUGAUCACCACCAAGAUCUUCUGGGGAGGAAAAGCAGAGACCGAGAGGGGCCUUUCGAGGAAGCACAUAAUAGAAGGUCUCAAAGCCUCCCUGGAGCGGCUGCAGUUGGAAUAUGUGGACGUGGUGUUUGCCAACCGUCCGGACCCCAACACGCCCAUGGAAGAGACGGUGCGUGCCAUGACCCACGUCAUCAACCAGGGGAUGGCCAUGUACUGGGGCACGUCGCGCUGGAGCUCCAUGGAGAUCAUGGAGGCCUACUCCGUGGCCCGGCAGUUCAACCUGAUCCCGCCCAUCUGCGAGCAGGCCGAGUACCACAUGUUCCAGCGCGAGAAGGUGGAGGUGCAGCUGCCCGAGCUAUUCCACAAGAUCGGAGUGGGCGCCAUGACCUGGUCCCCGCUGGCCUGCGGCAUCGUUUCUGGAAAGUACGACAGUGGCAUCCCGCCCUACUCCAGAGCCUCCUUGAAGGGCUACCAGUGGCUGAAGGACAAGAUCCUGAGUGAGGAGGGCCGGCGCCAGCAGGCCAAGCUGAAGGAGCUGCAGGCCAUCGCCGAGCGCCUGGGCUGCACGCUGCCCCAGCUCGCCAUCGCCUGGUGCCUGAGGAACGAGGGGGUCAGCUCAGUGCUCCUGGGGGCUUCCAGCGCAGACCAGCUCAUGGAGAACAUCGGAGCCAUACAGGUCCUUCCCAAACUGUCGUCUUCCAUCAUCCACGAGAUCGAUAGCAUCUUGGGCAAUAAACCCUACAGCAAAAAGGACUACCGGUCCUAAGAGGCCCCGCCGGCCGGCCAGGACACUCUCCGUUUCCCUCCUAGUCUCUGUUCGCUCGCUUCAGCUGUUUCAAGGCCAAGUCACGCGUGGUUUGCAUCAAAAAGAACACGCGCCAAGACGUCAUCUGGAAAGAUCGCAAACGUCGCUGCAAGAUCCCCUGGCUGCUUCGCAGGGCGGGGCGCCUGGUGCCGGAGGUGGCUCUGGUUAGGAAGGACGGUCACGCGGUCCCACCCGAGCCUGCGCCUCUGCUCGCCCUUCCGGAAGAAACGCCUCCGCCCUCCCCGCCCUUCUCGGUGGAGACUGGCGCCCUGAGCAGGGCGGACCCCGCAGGGCCUCGGCCAG